AUGCCCAGCAUUUCCAGUGCGCCCGUGCGGCGCCGCAUCGUUGGUACAUCGCUCAAAAUGUACUUUGACUACUGUAAGACGCUUGAAUAUGUACAAGAUGUUGUUAGUCUUGCUGCAGAAUAUUCCGAAUGGCCCCUGCUUGAUGCAGACGGGGAGCAGUCCCUGGAUAUGUUUGUUAUCCCCGACUUUGUCUCAAUCGUGCCCAUACAAUCUAUCUUGCAUGCUUCGACGACGCGCUUCUGGGUAGGCGCACAAGAUACAUUUGAUGUGGAUACAGGGCCGUACACGGGCGAGGUAUCGCCCGUGACCUUGUCCCAAGCAGGUUGUGCGUUGGUCGAAAUUGGCCACGCGGAGCGGCGACGCCAGUUUGGCGAGACGGACGAAUGGGUGGCGCAGAAAGCAGGAGCAAUCGUACGGAAUAACAUGAUUCCACUGGUUUGCGUGGGAGAACUCACCAAGGACGAUGUGCGAGCCGCUGUCUCGGAAUGCUGGCAACAACUGUGCGGCGUGUUUGACGCAGUGCCUGAUUCAGCGGACGUGAUUGUUGCAUACGAGCCGGUAUGGGCGAUUGGCAUGAAAAAGCCUGCGGGUGCCGAGCAUAUUGUUACAGUCGCACAAGCGCUUCGACAGCGCUGCCUUGCAGAGCGCCCUCAGCGAAGCGAUGCUUCGUUGCGUAUCGUAUAUGGUGGCUCUGCCAAGCCAGGCCUCUAUGAACACAUUUACCACGCCGUCGAUGGACUAUUUCUCGGAAGGUUUGCACACGACCCUGCCAUGUUUCUCAAAGCGGCACAAGAAGUCUACGCCGCUGGCCGCGGAUCUGUGUAA